UGUUCAGCGGGCACGCGCGCGUCACCGCGUUCAAGAUCCACAUCAGCGCACAUCAGUUCACAGUCUGACCGCUGACAUGGCACCUUAAUCACCUAUUUCUCCUUCGUCUGAGUUAAACGGUGGUUUAUAAUAGUGGACUGGAAAUUCAUUUGCUUUUAAACGCUCAUAAAACAGGAAUUUCAUGGAACCUCCAGUGAGACAGACUAAUGGGGUGGCCAGAUCUGACAGCAGGAUCAGCGCCAAAGCCCUGUUUGAACAGCGCAAGAAAUACUCCAACUCAAAUUUCAUCAUGCAAGAAACGUCUCAGUACCACGUCCAGCAUCUCUCCACAUUUAUAAUGGACAAAGCUGAAUCCAUAGCGACAGUAGAUGAUGCAGUAAAGAAACUCAUGCUCCUGGAGUCUAAAGGUAAAAUCUGGACCCAAGAGAUGCUGCUGCAAGUCAGUGACAAAGCCAUUAAGCUCCUAGACUGCGACACAAUGGAUGAGCUGGAGAACUUUCCCCUCUCUACAGUCCAUCAUAGUCAGACGGUGUUAAAUAAGACACGGUACCCUUCUGUCCUGCUGUUGGUCUGCCAGGACAGUGAGCAGCACCGACCAGACAUUCAUUUCUUCUGUUGUGACGAGGUGGAGGCAGAAAUAGUCCAUGCUGACAUCGAUAGUGCUUUAGGAGACAAUAAAAAUGGCAAGAAGAUGAGACCUCAAACACUUAAGGUCAAUCAGGAAAAAAUGAAGCGGCAUCGGGAAACAAUCAUCCCGCCCUCAGAGUCAAAGGAUUUUUUCCCUGAGAAAAAAGGACGCGUGGCAGCUAUGGACAUGCAAAAUGUAGAAAGACGAAGUUCAGUACAGCAGGACACAGAAUCCCAUGAGAAAUUAGCCCAGCGCAUUGAAAAGGAAGUGCAAAUACUGAACUGUGCUCUGGACGACAUCGAGAUCUUUGUGGCCCGGCUGCAAAAGGCCGCCGAAGCCUUUGCCCAGCUUAACCAGCGUAAUAAGGCCAGAAAAAAUAAGAAAAAAGGACCAGCAGAGGGGAUGUUAACACUAAGAGCUAAACCCCCGUCUGAGGCAGAGUUCAUUGACAGUAUCCAGAAAUUGAAGCUAUCUUUCAAUCUGUUGGCAAAACUGAAGAAGCACAUUCAGAAUCCUAAUGCUGCAGAACUUAUUCACUUUCUGUUUGGACCCCUUGAACUGAUCUUGCAGAGCUGUGGGAGUCCUGACCUGCCUCGCUCAGUCAUCUGCCCUCAUCUGUCCCGGGACGCUGUGGAUUUUCUGAGAGGACACCUGACUCCUAAAGAGAUGACCCUUUUUGAACUGUUGGGAGAUGGCUGGACAAGACCCAGAGCUGAUUGGCCCAGGGAACACUGUGCUCCACUUUACAUCCCACAUUUCCGUAAUGGCUGGGAGCCUCCAGUGGACCUGUUUCGCAUGUCACCAUGGGAAACAGAGGGCUCCGAGGUGUCCACAAUGUCAUCAGAAGAGUUUUUUGGCUCACAAUCAUCACUGUCAUCAAAUGGGUCCUUCACAGCAGCUUCCUCUGCCCGGAGAUAUGUCAAGGUUCUCUACAGCUUUGUGGCUCACAAUGUCAAUGAGCUCUCUGUCCUUCAGGAUGAGAUUUUGGAGGUAAUUGAAAGUGAUAAUCAGUGGUGGAGGUUAAGGAACAGGAGUGGACAAAUGGGGUUAGUGCCCUCCAACACCCUAGCUGUCAUAACACCAGAAGACCUUCGUAAUAUGGACCAAAUGUACAACCAGUCAUUUGUAGGUUCAUCACCAUCAAGUCCUUUGGGCAGAGGAAACAGUUUUGAAAAACCAAGAACACCACGGGAGAAAGAUUACCGCAUUCAACAGAUGGAUGAAGUAAAUGAUGAGCUGUUAAAAAAGAUCACCUCCAGUAAAAACCACCCGCCAGCACGCAACUUUAAAGUGGAGCGCCACUCUGUGCCUGCCGCUCCCCUCAAAUUCGAUUCAUCUCCUUCUGAAGUCACUGCCUGGCUCAACACCAAGGAGUUUUCCAAGCCGACAGUAGAUUGUUUGGGAAUUCUGAGUGGUGCUCAGUUGUUUUCCCUGAAUAAGGAAGAACUGAAGGCAGUAUGUGGGCAUGAAGGGGCACGUGUCUACAGUCAGCUCACUGUGCAAAAAUCUCUACUAGAGAAGAGUCAAGGAGAUUCAGAGCUGCAGGAGAUCAUGAGAAAACAGCAGGAGAAAAUCGCCUCUGCCUUCAAAUGAUUGUGCUCUCUUUAAAAAAAUAUUAAUCAAAUAAUCAGCAAUGCAGUAUGGCUUCUGUAAUAGUAAUGACUGACAAAACCAAUUCAUUGAGAACUUCAAAAAUUAAUUCCAGAAAUGCUUUUAAAAAACAACCCUGUUUUAUCUUUACUGUUUCUCUUAUCAUAUAUUCAUUAGCAAUAUGACCACAUGCUUAGCUUGUAAACAUUAAAUUUGUCUACUAUUUAUUUUGUUUGUAGAAAGGCCCGUUUUAAUUACUUCAUACCAUUUUUCCUAAUUCUUCUUCAUUAAAGGGAAUUUGCUUCUGUAUAAAAGGUGUACACAAGAGAAUCCACAUCAAAUCCGUGAUUAAUUUUCUAGUGUUUUAAAUGAAUGUGUUCUGUCUGCAUUUCAUGUUCAUUUAACAAUGUUUAAAUGCCAUUUUAAAUCUGGAUAUUUGUUUUGCAAAGGGUACUUAUUUGUAAAUGUACAGUUAAUAAUCCUGUCUGCUGAUGCAAUGUUCAAAUGCUAAUUUUUGUUAUGAAGGAUUAUGCAGGCGUAGCACUGCUGCCUCACUGCUUCAGGGUCCCAGUUUUGAUUACCGUCUGUGCAGCGUUUCCGAUGUUCGUUCUAUGUACUUCAGGUUCUCCAGUUUCAUCACACCUCCCAAAAACAUGCCAAUGUGUUGAGUGGCUAUGUUGAAUUUCCCCUGGGUGUGAGUGAGUGUGCAAAUAUGUGUACAUGGUGUUGCAUUCAGGGUGUAUUCCCUUCUUGUGCCCAGUAUUCCCGGAUCCACUCCGGAUACUUCUGAUCCACCCUGGCCAUAAUAAAUACGUUCCUGAAGAUGAAUUAAUAAAUGUACAUUGAUGGAGGAAAAUAAUAAAUUCACCUGACAAAUUCA